GCGUUGAAGUGUGCGUGGCGAGGUGUGGCCAUGCUGCUUCCGAAGUGCCUGAAAGACGGGGCUUCUCUGUGGGACUGGGCGUGUGCUGCCCGCCAGCCGUUUCAGCUCUUCCGAGCGAUGGACGGGGAGCUUUGCAAUUGCCUGCAGACGGUCCGGGCGGACCCGCGAUAUUCUUUUCACGUUCAGUACUGGUCUGUGCCCCAUUUCCUCGGGAACACAGAGAACGACCGUGGACUGCUAUGGUUUGUGGGCAGUUUGCGUGGCUGGAGGCCUAGGCAGAAGGAAUGGAACCAGGCCACCAUCGCGGCCGACACUGCUCCAGUUUUCAGCAUCCACUUCUUUCCUCGGCGAGACGACUCCAGCGUCCACCCGAGCUGCACAAAGCCAUCUCGGACGCCAGAAACCGAGGACGGAUCACAGGAAGUUGCUUUCUACGACAGCGGCAUGAACGACCUCGUGGCCGUGCGUGCUCGCGACCCGAGCCUGCUAUUGAAGCGUUGUGGCGCUGCAUCUAUGGCCACAAGCCCGGUGAUGACCCUUGGCUAUGCAGUCUGGGCAGCUUUUGGCUUUUGGCAGACGAAGACUUGGCUCCUGCUCGUCCACUGGAAGUUGCUCCUCGGGCAGCCUGCUUACUGCGUGGCGGGCACCUUCCUGGCCUCUGGCGAGUUCUGUUUGACGAGCGCUGCGUUUGGUGGCAGCGACGACGAACUCCCUGUUCUGGAGGUGGUGGUUGUCAGCUGCGGCACCUGGGCGCCCAUGGCCUCACUUUUGGAGGAGCUCUGGGCGGAAGCCGCCUGGCCCUCCCCAGAGGAGGGCCUUCCGGACUGCCUGAACUUGGCUCCUGAAGAUGUCGACAACGACGCGCGGAGCCCAUCCGAAAUGCAUCAGAUCUGUGCCGUGGAGCGGUUCCAGAAGGCCCUCUACCUCCGAGCUCUGGCGGCGCUGCCCUGCGAGGAUCCGGGUCCCGAGCUCUUCUUCGGCACGAAAUCUGGUUCAGCCCAGGGUCGCAGCUGGAAGGUAAGGCGCCAGGCCGCUCCCGGCACCGAGCUGGAGGAGAUCCCAACCGUCGACUUGCGCCAGGUGCUGGAGGAGCAGGCCCUAGAGGACGCCCGGCAGGCUUUCAAGGACCCAACUUCGAAGCUGUCCUUCGCGAAUGCACGGAAGCUUGCCGGCCUCCUCGAUGCCGAGUCAGGAGCCUUCCUUAGAAGAUGGGAGCUGAUGGCACCAGUCAUCGCCGCGUUUUGGGUGAUCCUGAAGAGCCUCUCCUGCCCGAGGCACUUCCCGGGAGGAGCUGAAGCUCAGAUGUUGAACCCGUCCAAGUUCAGAGUUUUCAGGCGCUUCACUUCAGAAACGAUCCUCGAGCGCGUGGUGAGCACUGUGAUCAGCGUGAACGCCCCCCAUCAUGCGGAGAGCUUGUCGCAAACAUUCGUGCCAAUCAGCAGCCACAUCAUUCUGGCAAUGGUUGCCGUUUGCUGUGUGUUUACAGUGCACGAAUUUCGAGUGCAGGGCGGGUCGACACCCUUGCUGGCAACACAUGAUGGCCGCAAUACCGUGCUUUUGCAGGUGUCCUUCUUGAUCACUUGGGUGGUUGGUUACUUGACAGUAACGAUGUUUAUCCCGGUGUCUUUGGAUUUCGCUCUGGCCAUGGGAGAGUCCGCCACGGGCAGCGGCGUCUUCAUCGGGGCUGCGCCCGUGGGGCUGCUGGUGGGCUCUGCCUUAGGGAAGAAGCUGACCACGGAGAGCAGUUGGAAUCAGCGCCGCGCGCGCAAGGUCUUCCUCUUCCUCUACGGGGCCUCGGUGCUCCUUAUGCCCGUCAUCGCCUUCUUCAUCCAGACUGCAGCCGCCAGGAGUCUUGAGGCGAAAAGGUGGACAUUUUGGUGCACGGUUUUCCUGUUGUUCUUGACCAUGGUACUGGCGUCCCUGCCCACGAUGAGCUGGUUCUUGAUGUGGAAUACGGUGACGCCACAAAAAGAGAAAACGUUUUGGAUGAUGCUGACCCAGUGUGCCCGCAACGGUGGUAUCCUUCUGGGGCCAAUCUACUUCGCCUUCAUUAGCUAUUUGGUUCACAAGGGUCAGAUGAGCCGAGAUGUGUCGCCCAUCAGCGAGAUGAGCUGGCUCUUCAUGGGCGCGUUCUUCCUUCAGGCAUUGGAGCUGACGAUCGCGUCUCUCGUCUUCCCCACAGAGCUCCAGGAAGGAAGCGACGAGCCAUGCGAGGGCGAGCUCGCCGAGGUCGCCGCGUGGCUUGGACCGGAGGAGCUGCCGGCCGCCUCGCGGGAGGAGCUGGUGUGGAACAUGAUCGUCUACUGCUAUGAGCGUACCUUCACGGUCAGCGCCAUCGAAGUUGCGACGACCAUGCUCCUGGAAGUAAAAUAUGGAUGGACACCUGAAUUGAGUGGGAGCUCCUUCAUCGCUAUAGCCCUGGGCAGCUUUAUCAUGACAGCAAUGGCCAGCGUGGUUGCAUCCAGACGGCUGGUGUCGGAAGCUGAUAUGUUCUUCGCGGUGACGUUGCUUGCAUUUUGCGGCUGCACCAUGUUCUUUGACCUGGGAGGGAACCUUGGAGCCAAAGCCUUGAUGCUGGCUGAUACGAUUGUCUAUGGGGGGGCCAGUGUCGCGAACGGCAUUGCCGAAGGCUGGGCAAGUCGUGCCGCGUGCAAGGGCACGGACUACAGCAUUGAAACUUAUCGAGCUCAUCAGCUUCUUGGCUUGACUUGGGUCUACUUGAAUGGGUUCAUCGGUGCGAGCUUGUGUCGCUUCGUGGCUCCGGUCGUCACGCGUUUCAUCCUUGACAUUGGAGGUCGCAAUACCUACGCAGCCGUGCAAUUUCUUGUGUGCGGCCUGUCGUCAAUGAUAGUCCUGCGGACGGUUUUGCUGUUCAAUAAGCAGAAAUCUCUGGCCGACGGGGAGGGCAUCAAGACCUGA